AUGCGCCUGUCCAUCUCCUGCGACAGCUGUCGACAAUCCAAGGUCAAGUGCAUCCACGAUGGCCAUCCUCCCUGCCGUCGCUGCCACCGCCUCCGUCGCGAUAACUGCGUCCUGACCGAUCCGCGCUCUCCCGGUGUGCGCACACCCCGAACCCCUCGCAGAGCCAGCAUUAGAAGAACCGGCUCAGGUUCAGCGUCAGGGAUAGGAACAGGGACAAGAACAGCAACAGACACAGGAAAUACCACCGCGACCACUCCCAUAGCCAGCUCGCCCGCUCCUUCGCCCACCCCCUCUCAUUCUGCCAAUCCCAUCGCUGCCAUCGCCCCGGCCACUCUCAUCGCAGCAUGCGACAUCUACCGCAAGAAAUUCCCCGUCGUCAACUUCCUUCAUUAUCCCUCGCUGAUCGCCGAUCUCUCCCAUCAUGCCUCCGCCGUCGAACCCGUUUUUCUCUCAGCUCUACUCUCUCUAUGCGCCCGCUUCAUGCCCGAUGCCGCCCUGGCUGCUCCUGAAACCUACGCGGAGUAUGCGCGCUCUCAGCUGGCCCAUCGCGCCUUCGAAGCCCCUUCCCUCUAUCUUGCACAAUCGCUCGUCAUGAUCUCGCUCUACGAAUGGGGUUCGGGUCGGCCUUAUCGCGCAUGGAUGUACAGCGGCAUGGCCACCUACAUGAUCCAAUCCCUCCUCAAGACCGCCGAUGAUACCAUGGAACAACAACCCCUCCUUGACCUGCCCGCCCAUCGCAUAACCUACGAACAGCUGGUCCGCACCUACUGGUGCUGCUUUGCACAGGACUGCGAGCUCAGCUCCGGCGCCCGCCAACACUUCGCCCUCUCCUUCCGCCAGAUCUCCGUGCCCCUCCCCAUCAGCGAUUCCGACUUUACCUUUGGGAAAGCCACCCCACGCUUAAUGCCGGCGGACAUGAAUCGCUCAUCCUCUCUGGCACUGAAUUUAUCUAUUGAUCGGGGUUUGACUAUCGUCACACGGGGGUUCGACAUAUUCGUUCGCAUACUCCGGUUCGCCAAUGAGAGCCGUCGGGGUCGGGCGCAAGGGUCGGCAGGGUUGUCACUCCGCGCGUGGGAGAUGCUCAAGGCCGAGCUGGACGAGUGGAGGGGGCUUCAGGAUGCGACGGUGCGGUAUCCCGAGACCAAUGCGCAGGCGCAUGUGGCCUUGGGAUCGGGGGAGUUGUUCGCCUAUAUCAACCUGGUGUAUUUCAUGAGGUGUGUUUAUUUAGCCGUCAGACUGCUCGAUGAGGUAAUUACUGACCGCGGUAGUAUUCUAUUCCUCUACCGCGACCGCUUCCUCUCCACCCCUAAACCAUCCAUCGACCAUCACGACCCUGCCGACGACGAGGCCAUUGACCACCUCUUCGCCACGGCACAGCACAUCAGCGCUAUACUCGCAGCCCUUGAAGCCUGCGCCACUCCUGUCAUCACUCCAUAUGCGGGGUUCAGCGUCUUCGUCGCCGCCCAUAUCAACAUGUACGGGACUGUCUGUCCGGGCCGGUACCCGGGGGGUCUGGCGCGCGCGCAGGAAGAGAAGAAGAUGAAUCUGGAGUAUCUGGAGCGACUGUGUCGGUUCUGGGAUGUGGGAACAAGCUGGUGGCGAACUCUCCAAGAAGCAAACCGGUUCUAUGAAACAGCCCGAACCACCGCCCAAGGUCCAACGGGCGUUUCUCGUCCAGAGCAUCUCACCCUGGCUGGUACCAUUGAUGAAUACGGCGAUAUUCGCGUGUCGCGACCCGAAACAGCGUCUCCCGCGCGACGACGCCCAGGGGUAUCUUCUGAGGGAGUAGGAGUGCGACGGAUGUCGGUCGCCGAGUUGACGGCGCCAGGUGGUGGUGGAAGCAGCGGUGGUAGUGGUGAGUGGGCGGAUGUCGAGGCGGAGAUGUGGCAGUGGCCGUUUCUCGAUGAGAAUUGGUCGUUGGGAUUCGACACGGGGUUUGAGUCGGCGUGGCCGGGAUUGAGCUGA